CUACUAGCCAGUGAAUUCUUGCUCUAAUUAUCACCAUUUGUAGUGGACAAUAUAGAAAAUUUUCAAACAAACUCAGAUCUUCAAUAACAUUACAAGAUACAGAUAAAACCUUCAUGUGCCAAACACUAACAGUAGAUAUCAAAAAGGAGUUUACUGUACUGUAAUUAAUGUAUUCAAUAAUCUCCCCUUCCCCACUAUAAAAAGUCUUGAUCAAAAUACAAAGAAGUUUGAGCCAGGAUUAAAAGAGCAUCUCCUCUCACUCCUUCAUAGUUCAGUGAAAUGAUAGAAAGAAGUCCAAUCUAUUUUGAAUAAGUUACAAAGAUAAGAUAAUUCCAUCCCCACCAUAGGCACAGGGAGUCUGUUAUUAAACUCUGUUCCUGUUUUUCACUCCUUCCCUCCCUGAAUGUGAGGAACUGCAGAUACAUAAUGGAUUCUCCCAUGGAUCAAUACUCUGUUUCCAUGGCAAUCCCAUACUAGAUUCCGUCCAACCCCUUUCCCCCACACUUUACUAGUUAGGCAUGAGUGUGUGUACUCACUGGUGUUGAAAGUAGGCCAUGGUGGGAGACCAUCUCAUGUUGAUGUUUUUAACCAUUGUCAUCCCUUAGUACUAGUCCUCACUUCAUUUAAACAGUGCUGUAUUGAGUUUGUUUGGGUGUUAAAUAAAUAGCAAAUAUUUAUUUCAUUUGUAUAUUGGAUUAGUAUUAAAUUAAAGAGUUAUUAAAAUCUCAAUUUUAUAAAAUAGUUUAAAAUGUACAAGAUAGGGAACCAAAGAAUAGUCUAUCCUGUUAUGUAAUGGUGUCCUGCUGUGUUGAGAAGAUCCUAAGUAGUACUGAUUGAAAUAAAGCAAGGACAGUGAAAAAUGGCUAAGGUUGAUGGAACUGGUUUAGGUUACUCCUACCACCUUCCUUCUGGCGGAUGGAGUCUGAAAAUUCGCAAUGCUCUCUCACAAUUCAGUGACUUAUUCAGUGAAUUUAACCGCUAUAUUGCACCAGCAUAUCAUCAUGAUCGAUGUGAGAGGUCAGUACAGAUGCGGCUGUAUUCUAUGCACAAACGAGAGUUUGUCAUGGUGUUCUUAGCAUUCUUUGCAUGCUUUGGACUUGGUCUGUUCAUUGGCUUAGCAGGUCCACCAAUCACAAGCACAUCAGAACAGAGAGCUUCUGUCCUCAUAUUGAAACAAAAUGGAAGUGAUUUAGCAAAUGGCCCAUUCUUAAUGAUGACACCGACAAUGUCAACAUAUAAUCAGCAGCUUUGGGUUAUUGCCAAAGUCACAACUGACAACAAAGAUGAUGAAAGCUUUGACAAAACUUUUCAUGUGAGUGUAGCCAUUGAAGGUGUAACAGCAGACCACAAACCAGUUAUAAUUCUGCAUAGCGACAGAGCACAUAACAGGACUCGUCACCUUAUAUGUGAGCGUCAGUCAUGUGAAGAAUUUAUGGUCCUCCAUCUUGGUUUUCUUGACUACACGCACUAUAUGUUGACAGUGCGUUUUCAUGGACUGGAAAGUUUUCAUCAGCGCUAUAACAUAAUUGAAGUUAUGUUCUUUUUUAAGAGUUACAAUCCAGCAUUCACCCAGGUUGAAAUUUGGUUCCGGUUUGUCUUUCUCCUUGGCACAUUUUCAGUAAUGUGUUGGUUUGCACAUUCUUUGAGAAAAUUUGCAAUGUAUGACUGGUCAAUUGAGCAAAAGUGGAUGUCUGUUCUUCUACCUUUACUCCUGCUGUACAAUGAUCCAAUCUUUCCGAUGAUGUUCCUUAUUAACUCCUGGCUGCCAGGAAUGUUAGAUGCAUUAUUUCAAGCCUCAUUUCUCUGUGCUCUUCUGCUCUUCUGGUUAUGUGUGUACCAUGGUCUGCGCCAGAAUGAGCGCCGUAUUUUGACAUUUUAUCUGCCCAAACUCCUUAUUGUUGGGAUGCUGUGGAUAUCUGCUGUUACAAUGGCAACAUGGCAGAAAUUCAGUGAGCUUCAAGAUCCAACAUACAGUUACAAACUGGAUACAAAGAACUUUGAUAGUUUCAAAGUGUUCUUUUUCGUGACAUGUGGUGUGUACUUGGCUUAUUUACUACUGCUGAUUCUGCGUGCCUACAGUGAGCUGCGAGCUAUGCCAUAUUUUGAUAUGCGGCUCAAGUUUCUGACACUACUCAUGCUCAUUGUGCUGGGAAUAAGUCUGUCUGUGACCAUACUGAAAUUUGGAGUUGGGAUCUUAGAAGACAACUUUGUGGCAGAGCUGUCAACCACCUACAAGAGCUCUGCACAAUUUAUGUCAUUUUACAGCCUUCUUAAUUUUUACCUGUACACUAUGGCAUACGUUUAUUCACCUGCAAAAGGAACUGUAUUCGAAUCACCUAUCACAAAAGACAAUCCUGCUUUCUCCAUGAUAAAUGAUUCUGACGAGGAUGUAAUUUAUGGAUCAGACGAGGAAAGCCGUCGACCACUGAAUCGAUGCAGGAAUGAUGAUGACAGCGAUUAAUAUUCCUGUGGAACAAGAGAGAUAAUAUUAUUGCUAAAGUAUCAUAUGAAUACACAAGUAAGUUAUGCUAGAAAAUUACAGUUUGUUCAGAAAGUACUUUUGAAUCAUGUUACAAUUUUGAAUUAUAAAACCGUAUCACACCAUUCUAGAAUACAAACUCAUAUGUUAUAAAUUUGACAGUGUGGUCAGUGUUAAACAUUAAGAAAUUUUACUUGCUAAAAACUAUAAAUUCCAAUUGACGUAAUGACUAAACCUGUGUUCAUGUUAUUUCUUCCAACAGUUUUAUCCAGGUAGCCAUUUGUUAAAGUUUUUGAACUCAUCUGUAAAUUUUACAUUUACAUAUGGAAUAAAAAGUUCUGCUAUAUCAAA